ACUCAUGGAGAGGAAGAGUAGCUUGAGCAACAGCUUGAAGGACCACUGCACCAGAGACUCCUCCGCCGCCUCCCACCACCACCACCACCACCAGAGGCUGAACAUGAUAAAGGUGGGCUCUUCUCUGAUCGGCAACUACCCGAGCCACGCCGAAGACUACCUGACUGGUCUCUCUUGGCCUCCAAGGUCUUACUCGUGCAGCUUCUGCAAGAGGGAGUUCGGCUCGGCCCAAGCCCUCGGCGGCCAUAUGAAUGUUCACCGGCGGGACCGCGCGAGGCUGCGGCAGUCGACCCCACCUCCGCUGCUGGCGGCCAAGGCCGAGAAGGCCGACUGUAGCGGCGGCCAGUACCCGCUUCUCGGCCUCAACCUCAACCAUAACCCUAAAGCUAACUCCAACAACCCUAACCCUAGUUUCUCCUCUUCCUCUUUGUCCUCGCCUCCUCAUUUCGCUCAAGCAUUGCCGACCUCGACUCGUCCUCCUCCUCCUCCACCUCCUCCUGCCUUUUCUUCAACACUGCCAUCGAUGAAUUUCCCUCCAGCCAGUGAUACCGGACAGACCCGCAAGUGUCUUGCCACUAGGGUUGGCGAAGCGGACUGUGGUUGGACUACUCAAGGACUCGCCAAGGACACUAAGAUUGUUAGGCUGGGGAUGCAGGUGGAUCUUCUCAACAACUUCAAAGAAGAUGAGGUCGAUUUGGAACUUCGCUUGGGUUACUCCAAUUGAGUGAGGCUUUUAAUCACUUGCCCUCCUUUUGGUUUUCAAUCUUUACAUGUUGUUAUCUUUCAGAUCUCUGUGAGAAGAGUAUAAUGAUCAAGAGUUUAUCUUAGAUUGCUAGUAGUAGCCCAGAUCUAAGUUCACAUAUUGCUAUAUGUGUAUGUAUAUAGCAAAUGUCCUAACUCAUCCAUUGUGCUCGAUCAACCACUCCUAAAUGUGCUUCC